AUGCUGUCGACAGCCGGCAGUCGGCGCAUCCACUCGCCGGGAUGCACGCCAGGGCUUGUCGGACCACGGUCUGGUUUAGACGUCGCCGGAAUACGGGAGAACUUGCAGCUCCUCAUCGAUCUCAGCUCGCAGCUCCCGUCCAGCACGGUUCUAUCGCCUCAGGAAUCGGGUGUCUUUCGCGACUCUUGCUCCACCCUGGCGAAGGCGUUGACUGCACAUACGCAGGGGCACGAUGGCAUACUGGCACCGCUGUCUGAUUGCGCGGGAGUACUGGAGGCAUCGGCGCCGUCAGAGCAGGCUGAAGAAUCGGAAACUGCACGGGAGGCUCCAGGAAACGACCAUGAGCUCCUGAGUAUACUGAACAGCCUGACCAAAGUAAACGAGAGCUUCCGGCAGCGGCGAAUCGAACAACGCCAGGUCUAUGAUCAGUACCAAGCGAAAUGUGAGGGAUUAUCAAAACGUAUCUCGGAGCUGGAAGAUGAAGUGGACACGCUUCAGCGUGAGACGUUCAACAACACGAUAGAGCUGGAAUGUAUGCGCGGCACUGUUUCCGGGCUAGAUUCUUGGUUAGACGAUUGGAAACGCCAGCAUGAUAGCGAGAGCCAUCAAAAUCUAGCAUUAAAAAGGCCAGCUAAAUCACGAGGCAAGCGCUCAAAGUACUUUGAGCAUCUGGACAGGCUUGAAGAGCAGAGGGAUGGCCUGAUAGAUGGACUGAGCGCGUGGAUGCGAGGGUGGAAUGAUGCGAACGACGGAUUUCGGGGCCACCCAGGAAGCUUAGAUCAGAAUCGAUAG